AUGAUAUAUAUUAUUUUUAUAAAUUUACUUUUAUUUUAUUUAAUUAUUUAUAUUUUAAAUAGAAAUAAUUUAAAUCAUUUAAAAUAUUUAAAAAAUUAUACAAUAUGUUCAUAUAAUAAAUUAGAAGAAAUAACUUUAUCUAAAAUAAUAUGGAUAAAUUUUAUUUAUCAAUUAAAAUUUAUUCAUUAUCAUUAUGAUGAUUUAAAACAAAUUAAAAUAACAAAUUUAUUUACACAUUUUAUAUUUUUCUACAAUCAAAAUGAUCAAAUUCAAUACAAUAAUAAUAAUACAAUAUUAUUGAAUUUAAAUAUUCAUUAUAAUAUUCGUUAUGAUAAUCGUAUAAUUUAUCAUUUUAAUGAUGAUUAUUCAAUAAAAAAUGAAAGUUACAUUAAUCAUCUUAUAUUGACAAAAAAUGAAAUUGAUGAACCGGUAAUGGAACAUUAUCCUAAACAAUUUAAUGUUACAGAAGUAUUACAAGCUAUCUCAUCUGGUCUUUCAUUGAAUGAGAUACCAUGCAACAACAAUGACUUAAUUGUUAUUCGCUUACCAAAACGCACCUGCGAUCCUUGUUCUAGAACUAAAAAUGUUGAUCUUGUGGUGAUUGUGAAGUCAUGCGUUUAUUGUUUUGAACAGCGAGCAUUUGCCCGAAAGACUUAUAUGAAUAAAGAUUUGUGGAAGAAUUUCAGAGUACAGUUCGUGUUUACAGUUGGAUUGCCAACACCAAACGAAACAAAUACUUACCACUUUGACGGUUUUAUGACUACCCUAACUAUAGACGCAAUGCAAUUAUCAAGUAAAUAUGAUGUUUCGAAAUGGUCAGCAGCCAAGAUUUUAAGUAAUGAAAGUAAAAUACAUAAUGAUAUGUUAAUAGGUGCUUUUCACGAUACAUAUUUUAAUUUGACAUCUAAAAUGAUGUUGUCUUUACGUUGGGCCACGAACUUCUGUAUCCCUCAGUCACCGUUAUUCUUAUUUAUUGACGAUGACUACCUACUUCAUCCAAACAAUACGAUCAAUUUGAUAAGGAAAUUUAAUUAUUCUCAAAUGAAAUCACUUGCGGCUGGAUCUGUAUAUUUUGGGAAAGUUGACAGACCUAAAAACGGAUAUGGUGGUCGGUGGGCAGUCUCUUACAAUGAAUACCCAUGGGACUACUAUCCACGUUAUUUCUUAGGAAUAGGUUACUUUUUAGGAGCCGAUGUUGUGCACGAUGCAUCGAUUGCAAUGCCAUUCACUAAACAAUUUCGAAUCGACGAUGUAUAUUUAGGUAUUAUUUUAAAAAGACUUAACAGAACCCUAACACAUUUAGACAACAUUCAUAUUCAUCCAGGAAAACAUCAUUUGAAAUCAGGUGCAUUUAUGAUUACUAGAUAUUUAGCUGAAAAUCAUGUGGAUUGGACGACUGGAUUAAUAAUAAGGAAAAAACGCACAGAGCAUUGAC